AUAAAACCACAAUUAUAGCCCAAGUUUUUAAACUCUAAUCGGGUGCAGUAUAGGGAAAGUAUUUAGAUAACGACCCGAGCCGGUCCGUCUACCCCUACUUCGGUUGUUGAAAUCAUUAUCUAACGAUAAAAUUUUGGUUUAAAGGUUUGCUAAUUGAAAUGAAAGAAAGCAAAUGUAAUUUUGUUUGAAAACUCUUUUGUGGAAAGUCACCCGGGUGUAGCUUCCCCAUAACUGCUACCAUGCUAUGUGAAUUGGAACGAUGCCUUUGAACGUGUUAAUCGUGAACCGUAGAGGAAUGCAUAUGUGGUCGGAGACCAUAGUCUCAAUUGCCAAACCGAGGUGAGGAUGAAUGGUAGUGUCACUCAACUCUAAGGUCGGACGGUUUAACCACGAUUAAUCGAAUUGUUUCACUCAACAUUGAGGGUUGCCCUAACUCAACCUAGUUUAGGUGGCUUAGAAAGCGGAAGGAAAACCAACUCGAUUGAGUCUCCCUUGAAAGGGGGAUUUUCCUCUCUAAACUAGGCUAACGUGGCAAAUUAGAUUAGUAGCACCUACAUGCACAAACUUAGGGGUGCUAAGCACAAUUAUGCACAAUCCCUAGGUUGCUAAGCACCUAGAUGCACAAACCUAAGGAUGCUAAGCACAAGCAUGCACAAUCAUGGUGAAUAAUGCCUCAAUCAUUGAAUUGAACAAUACCCAAUGACAAUCAUCCAAAACACAUACAAGAAAACUACAUGGUAGAGUUAGGGUUUCACUACACUCAAGUGAAUUGAGGUCUACUCCAUGCUAGAAGUGGGAAGAACAAAAGGGAAAAAGUGGAAACCAUCUUUGAGGAUGCUCCUUCUCUUCUUGACCCUUGAGUUGAGAUUUCCUUGGGGAAAUCUUCCCAAAAUCUGCCUUGAAGCCAAACCCUAACCUUUUUUUCCCUUUGGUUCUGUUUCUCUCACUAGAAUGCUGAAGAAGGUGUUUCACACAAAAGUGGGCUCUCCCCUCUCUCCUCCUUUCAGCUCAUCUUUUAAACCCGAGAAGAGCUGAGUUCACGGCCGUGAACCAUCAAACGCGUCCGUGAACUCAAGGCGUGCGCCAAAAUGCUCCGCAUCGCUCACGUCUGUCACGAUCAACUGCCUGUGUUCACGAUCUUUUGUGACCGUGAACUCACCUCGCGUUAGUAACCUUCAAAUUGGCUCUGGACGCCUCGCGAUUCAUGAUCAACUCCCCUUCUUCACGGUCUUGCAUGACCGUUAACUCCUUGACUUAGCCGUGAACUAGCUCUUUUUCACCCCCUUCUCCCGAUUUUCGAUCCUUUUCGCCAAUCUUUCGACUCUGAGGUUGGUUCCACCUGUUAAAUCCUGAAAAGCACUCAAACACGAAGAACAUCGUGUAAAACCAACCUUUAAUGAGCGAAUUUGGCACAAACAUCUAAGUCAAACGGGGGCAAAACAUGUGUAGUUAGGUCCGAAUCAACCGCCUGACAUAAAACACUGAUGGUGACAAGAUGGAGAGAUCCUCUAGAAUACUUACCUCGAAGCAAGUAGGACUAAGCAAUAAUUAAUCGCCGUAGGUGGCCUAUAACAGGAUUAGGGCGCCUGACAUAACAUUUAAUCCUCUAAACUUCACCUCACCGGGUAUAAAUACUUCCACACUAGCAUUGAUGGUAACUCAAUUACUUACCUUCUGACUAGCUUCUACUGUCACUCUAGAAAAUGGCCAAGUGUAACCACCUCCUAAAGCGUAGUAUAGCGGGUUUGGGUUUUCAUGUCAACCCGGGUCCUAGAUGUGAUGACUACUCCAUGAGUUCUUAUUAUUUAGCAGUGAAACUUUAGUGAAGGUCCAAACAAGCAAAGCAGUUAAAAGGUUGUUUUCAAGUCGAGAGAGGUCACCCGGAUAUGGUUCUCCCUAGACUGCAGUUAAGCUGGAUUGUAAUUUACCAAGUUCAAUUUCAAUGAUAGUUAUACUGCGGGAGGUUCUUAAACAGUCUGCAGUCUCGACUAAAGGUCUCCAGACCCUCUCAAUCUGAGUCUCCAGCGGGCGACUAACCUCCACUGGAGUAAACAGAUUGAGGCCCUAACGAACAAAACCUCCACUACCGAAGUAAAUUCGGUACAGAAUAGUGAAUUGACUUCUCGACUAAAGUCACCAAUUCACUACCUUCAAUCAAGGGUGCUCUAUCAACCUAGGCAGAUAUUCUCUUUCUAGGUUAAAGCAGAAACAACAGGAAUUUGAUCAGGAUUCAUACCAUUCAACAAAUCAAACCUCAAUUGAACAUAAUCAUACCACUGAAUCUGUACUUGGGUUCAUUCAAUCAGACCUAACAUACAAAUCUAGGGUUCUUCAUACCCAGGUGAAUAAGAAAGUUACUCCAUAGAGAGAGAUGGGAAAUUUAGCUCAGAUGUGGAAACCAUACUAUGAAGGAUGAGAAUCUGCUUCUGGCACUCAAUCAGCUCUUCUCCAAGCUCAAGUCGUGCUCCAAUGGUGAUGGAGAUCGAUCAAGGACAAACACUUAGCAGAAUCAGGUUCGUCACUUUCUCUCUCUAGGUAUCACCUUUUCUCUCUAAAACUCGGGACCCUUUCUCUUUUGCCCUUCUUUUCCCUUAAGAGGCUGUCUGUCGCGAUCCCCGGCCUGAAUACCUGGUCGGGUAUUUUAGGUGGUGACCGGGUAUUAUCAAAACGCACCGUCGGGGAACAGGGGAAAAUCCCCGGUCAAGGCCAAGAAUACCCUACCGGGGAUUUCUGCUUACUGUCCGGGCCCCCUUCUGCUUCUCAGACGCCCAAAACACAUUUUCCCCGGCCUGCUCCAAAUAAUACCCGGCCGGGUAUUUCUGCUCAUGGCCGGGUAUUUUGCUCCUCCAACACACUUCACCCCAAACAUGCUCCUUUCGACCCGAAACUCGUUUCUUCGUCUCGAUGCCAACGCUAAGCCCUGAAAUAUGACAUAAACGCACAACCUAGCGUGAAAUUGGCUUAAAACACGAGAAUCAACAUCUCAAACGGCUCAAGAAUAGGGGUAAAAACAUGUGCAAUCAAUGGUCUAUCACCUUCUCUCUAAACACAAACACAUUCUCAUAUUCUCUCUCUAACUUAAGCAUCAAAGGGUGUCCAGAACGACCGCCCACAGACCCUUGUUUUGCAAGGCUCUAGAGCACCACCCAUCAUCAAGAACAAAAGCUUUGUUUAUGCCUCAUCAAACCGCCUAGUACAUUCUAGGCUCAAACAAUUUGGCGCCCAUCGUGGGGCAUAGAGCGAGACACUGAAGAAAGGAUGGAUGGGAGCCGUAGAGGAAGAGAUGGAGAUAGAAGACCGUGUGAAAAGUCAUGGGCAACAACUAUCCAACAUGCAAGAAAUCCUCAGCCAAAUCCUCACCAUGCACAAAACAAAAGAUGCACCCGAGAAGACUAAAGAAACGCCCCAAAGCUCGAGGAAGAAAAGGGCCAAAGGUAAAGAGACAAGAGAAGAUAGGAGGAACAUCUCAGGCCAUCAUAUGGAAAGGAAAAAAGUCAUCUCAGCAGAAAACCAUUGCAUGACAAUCGAGAAGGCGGUCCUAGCCUUCAUCUUAGCGGCAAGGAAGUUGCGACCCUAUUUCCAGGGGCACCAAGUCACAAUUCUUUCUAACCUACCAUUGAAGAAGAUCUUGAGGGGAAUGGACGUAUCUGGAAGAAUGACGAAAUGGGCGGUCGAGCUAAGCGUGCACGAUAUCGCGUAUGCACCGCGUCCUUCAAUCAAUGGGCAAGUGCUGGCAGAUUUCUUCGCAUAAGGUUUUAGCUUGGAGGCCGCAGAGCCAGAAGGAAGAGAAGAAGUGUGGCGUCUUUUUGUCGAUGGAGUCCUUGGAAAAGGAGGAGCGGGAGCAGGAAUUGUCAUUGAAAUGCCUAAAGGUGUUGUACAUGAAAUCUCGCAAAGAUUCCAUGAGCUAAAAACCAACAACGAGGCGGAAUAUGAGGCGGUGCUCAGCGGUCUCAGAAUUGCUACAAACUUGGGCACCUCACAUUUACAGAUAUAUUCCGACUCACUACUAGUAGUCAAUAAGGUGCUGGAAAACUAUGAAGUAAAGGAGGAAGCGCUUGCUAAGUUUUCAGGGAAGGUCAAGGGCAUGGUAGAAGGGCAGUAGUGUAAAAGGUCUUUCUCAAGAACAUAUUUGAAAUGCCUCGGAUCAAGUGAGGCAAAGUGGGUAGUGAAAGAAAUUCAUCGAGGCACAUGCGCCUCGCACUCCGCGCCGCGAAGUCUCGAGAGAACAAUACUGUUGCAAGGUUACUAUUGGCCAACGGUGAAAAAAGAUACAAUGAAAGUGGUCGCGGGAUGCCAUGAGUGCCAAGUACAUGUCAGCAAGCAACACACGCCAAACGAGAAGUUGUAAAGCAUGAUGGGACCAUGUCCGUUUGCAUAAUGAGGGCUAGAUCUUUUGGGUCCUUUCUCCACUGCUCCUCCGGGAAAGAAAUAUUUGGUGGUGGCUGUGGAUUACUUCACGAAGUGGAUAGAAGCUGAAUCGCUUGGCACGAUCACAAGUGCCAAGAUUUAGGUAUUUGUUCAAUAACAUAAUGAUUAGGUUUGGGACGCCCCAUACCAUCAUCACUGAUCAUGGUACGCAGUUUGACUGCAGGCCAUUUGAAAACUUUUGUGCUAGAAACCGCAUCAUAUGCAACAUGACUUUAGUUGUGUUUCCCCAGGCCAAAGGGCAAGUCGAGUUGUCAAACAAGCUGAUUUUGCGGCUCAAAAGACUAUUGAAGGAAGAGAAGGGAGGGUGUACCACAGAGCUGCCACAUGUACUUUGGGCGCAUCACACGAAUUACAAAAGAGCAAUAGGCGAGACCCCAUUUUCUCUAACGUAUGGCUUCGAAGCGGUCGCCCCAGUGGAAAUGGCCCUCCCAUCCCUCAGGGUCCAAACUUAUGACCCAGAAGAAAACCCCAAAAAGCUCCUCCACCAGCUGGACAUGAUCGAAACGCGCCGAGACACAGCGCUGGUCCGAACCAUCAGGGAAAAGUCGAAGGUGACAAGAGCGUACAACAAAAAGGUAAGACGCAAGCCACUGGAGGAAGGUGACAUGGUGCUAAAAAGAAACUUCGAUCAGAAGGAAGGCAUGGCAAGCUAGCCGCCAUAUGGGAAGGACCGUUCCUCGUAGGAGAGAAGCUAGGCAUUGCCACGUAUGUGCUCGCCACGAUGGAAGGAAAGCCAGUAGCAAAGACCUGGAAUGUCAUCCACUUGAAGAAAUACUUAGGAGAAGUAGAGUAAAGAAAUGAAUCUCAUGGCUGUUAAAUGUUUUGAACGGUCAAUAUGAUUGUAGCAUGUGAUGUAUUUUGUUGCUUACGUCAAGAUAAUCAAAGCGCCUCUUAGCG